UGCAUUAAAAUAGCUUAGUUAUAAAUAUAGACAUAAAUCAGAAUCAUAUGCUAUAAUACUAUCAUACUCCGAAUAAUUUAACCAAAUCGAGCUACAUGCAUAGAACUAAGAUAUCGAUAGGACAUUAUCAUCACAUAAUAUACAAGUGAUAACACCAUAUAUAAUUGCGAGCCCAAACCGAUUUGUUUAUGGGCUAAGUUUGUGAAUUUAGUUUCUUUGCUAAGAUUCUUACAAAUAGGAUUUAGUCCGUUGUUGGUGAAGUAGUUAAUUAUUCUCAAAUCCGGUGUUCUCCCUGGAAGACAUAUAGCUGAUAAUAUAAUUCUUGCAAUUGAACUUAUUAAAGGUUAUACUAGGAAGAAUAUUUCUCCUAGAUGCAUGAUAAAAGUGGAUGUUCGGAAAGCCUAUGAUUCCCUUAAAUGGACCUUUCUUGAAACUGUUCUUAGUGAGGGAAGAAAGCCUAUCAGUCAUGUCACCAUCUCAAUGUUAUGUUUAACAGCUAAUAGGAUAUGCUUUAAUAAGAUAUACCUUAGUCCUGUGAAAUACACAGAUAUGACUUAGUUCCCAUUGACAAAGAGGGUAGAAUGAAUUUCAUCGUAUAACUACUAUAAAUAUCCUUACCAUUCACUUAGGUAUUUCUAUUAUUUCAAUUUGAGAUUAUUAAUGUUAAUGAUUAUAUAUGUUUAAAUAAUUGAAUUGGAAUUACAGGGAAACAUGAACGAGAUCUUAAGAGGUUAAAAAAAAAAUUAUGGAUUAUGACAGGUGAAAAAACAGAAAGGUUGGUCCUCAAACUUUUGGUUUACUUUUACCUUUCACUCCAAGGACUUAAUUUUAAAGCACUCUACUACUCUAGUUAAAUUUGACCGAAAAAAGGACAAUGAAAUACUAAACGAUGAAGAAACCAAAAGUUGGAGCUCAAAUGUUAGCUUAUAACAUUUUCCUUAAACACCUAGGCUACGAAGUAAAAAGUUUCUUUAGGUAACAACAUUUCAACCUUUGAUCACCUUUCAGCAAACCUUUUACGUGAAUUACCUUAUUAUUUUACCAAUUAGGCUACGAGUACAAACUUAGGAUUUCUUCCCUUAAAAGAAAAACUUGGACUUUCUAAUUUAAAAGCCCUUAUCCUCAAUGGGUCUGGGCCUUGGUCAAAAAACAACAUUUAUUGAUGAUAAAUGAAAGUUAGGUUACUACUUCCUCCGUCCCGGAAUACUUGACCUGUUUUCCUUAUCGGGCCUUCCCUUAAUACUUGACCUGUUUCUAAAAAUGGAAAUAUUCUAACAAUAUUAUAUUAUUUCUCACUCCAUCCCUAUUAACCCACCUACCCCCUACUCCAUACAAAAAAUAAUUAAAAACUCAACCCCUACUCCCCCCCAACCCCACCUCUUAACCCACCUCCCACUAACUACAUUAAAAUAAUACCCCACUAUCAACUACUACCUAUUAAAUUAAAUAAGUCAAUUCAAGUCCCUUAAACUCUGUGCCGGUCAAACCGGGUCGAGUAUUCCGGGACGGAGGGAGUACUCAUUACUAGUCGCUAGUCACUAGUCACUAGUCAAUACUCAAUAGUCACUAGUUCACUACUCACUAUACCGUAAGUACUCCGUAGUAAUCUACUACCACUAAAUUUCAAUUGGUACCGAGAGAGAAAAUGCACAUACUCAAUCAAUAGUCACGUUAAUUAUAACUAAACGUGUUAAUAUGAUAAUUAAAUUCGAACGAAAGGAUAACCUAAACCUAUACAUAAAAUAGUUCAUCCCAACAAUCAAUGAUAUCCUGGAACUUUGCGCUCCAAACUUCUUUAACGUUUGGUUUCUCAACUGUGACAUCAUCAACGACGGUCAUGGCCAUUAAAAUUGGAGUAGUGCUGUAUUGUUCAUGAUGUUGUUGAUCCUUCCAUUGUACACUAUUUUAAGGUUGCACUAAUACUGCUACUAGUUAUGCAAAACUGCAUUAUAAAUUUAGAAUGUGUCGAGUACUACUCAUAUUACUUUUGCCGGAGUUUAGAUAUCACGUUACUAGUUCAAUUUUUUUUUGACGGGAAAACUAGGCUAUAUUAUCAUUCAAUAGAGACCUUGUCUAUGAGAACAAGGGGUAAAGCAUCUGGUGGACACUCUUCUAUCCAUACUUAGGCUAUGCUAUCUUCACCUUAUUUUCACUUAUUUCAGGUCUGAUAAGAUAAAAUAAGGCCAAUAAGAUAAGUGCAAGGUCAAUAAAUUAAAAUAAGAUAAGAUAAGUUCAGGGCCAAUAAGAUUAGAUAAGUCAAAUUCAGGUGAAAAGAAUCUCUUCCAAAAACUUUAGCACGUUACUAGUUCAAAUUUAACUACCAACUUUGUUCCGAGUAUGGAACUGGGGGAGCCCUGCCUGGUGACGUUGCCCUGUCAGACAGAACGAACGUAAGCUAACCUCGGGGGUUUAACCGAGGAAACCCCCUCCGAUGCCUAAGUCAGCAAAUGAGAUAAUGCUCUAGAGAGAGAAAGUAGAGAGGGUUAAGAAUUGUACUUGUAUUGAACGUGUCCGCAAAUGAAUGGGGACGACAGUAUUUAUAGGCGUACUAUUCAGUACUUUGGCCUAUUCAGAUGUUGCCGCGUGUACGCUAGUGACGUACUUGUUGUGUUUGUCCUUUUGCUUAACGACGUAUCUAUGUUGUCGUCUAGCAGGUCGUUGCCCCGCAGACCUAAGGGUCUGCGCGGUUCUUGAGGACUUGUGGUACUUUCAAUAGGUACUUCCUGCGGUUGCUUUGCUUGAUCGGUCUUAUCAGAUGUCCGAUGGUCUGCUGUGACAUGGAUGAUCUGAUAGGUUACUUCUACUCCGUACAACUAGUCCCCAAGAGUAGGGCUGACUGCUUGGAGUUAGGCCUGCUCUUUCUGUGUUUUUGGCUGCGUCCUGUACAACUAGUCCCCAAGAGUAGGGUUGACUGCUUGGAGUUAGGCCUGCUUUUUCUGGCCAUAACCUGCGCGAUUGGCUUGAGCGUUUGAAAGGAAAAUAAACCGUCACGGUUUAUUACGCCCCACGUGUCCUUCAUCCAGGUAAGUGACUCGAAGGGUCUUCCAAUCUUGGCCGUUUAUUUCUUUCUUUAAAUAUGGGCUUCAGUCAUUUUCUUUUUCUCUCUCCUUUUUCUUACCUUCUUCAUCUUCUUACUCUCUUCUAACUUCACUUCGCUUCGAACUCAAUUUCACCAUUUCCAGAGUGUUCUAACUCCAAGUUCCUUGCUUUCUUGUGUUUUCGUGUUAUUUCGGUGAUUGCGCGUCCAUUGGUGGUGGUGCUUUCUCUUGGGAUUAUCGAGGUUUUCUGGGUUCGAACUUUUGCUCAAGGGUUUUAGUCCGCCAUUGUCGAAUUUUUGACUCCUUCUUCUCUCUUCCAGGUAUUCCUUUUGCCUUCAUUAUGUCUUUUUUCUUUUGUUUUGCAUGUCCAUUUGAGUGUUUUGGCCUUUUUCAUGGUUUUUUGUGGUAUGUGUGUUUUUGGGUGUUUUGUGGUAUUGAGUUCGCCAUUCCUGAACUUCUGAAGCUUUCCUCUUCUUCCCUUUUCUCCUGCAUUUUUAUGUCGUUUUGCGUUCUUCUUCCUGUCGUUUUGUAUUUUGUGGUACUUGUCUACUUUUUUGUUUUGACUUUCCUCCUUCUUGCCUUUGUUUAUUCUUCUUCUUUUCUUUUUCUUUCUUUCAGUCAACAUGUCUGAUACCUCUGAUAGUGCCAACCCUAGUAGCCCUGGGUAUAUGAGUGAUUCCUCCGAGCCAUACUCUCCUUCUUCCCCUUCCUCUGUUUCUUUAUCCUCUGAUGAAGAGGCUAGGACAAUAGCAGAGAAUUGGACUAAGUCUAUGCAUGAUGUCAUUUCUCGUUCAGAGCCUGCGGUGAUAUCUAUCUCCAGUGGUUCUUCCUCUGGGGGUGGGUCCCCCGUUGCUGGCAGGGCUACGCCUGUUGUGUCAGGGCCUACUCCUGCCUGUCGUCAGCUUCUUAGAGAACUUCGCCAUGAGCAUUUGGUCAGGGCGGUUCGACUGAACCCUCCCCCUAACGCCCCUGUGGGAUUAGAUAUCCAACCUUUGUCCGAAGUAGCCUGGUUGGACAGUUUUGAUCCACUAGACGAGCCUUUCACUGGGGGUAUUGAUGGGUCAUUGCAUGUUUACCGCAGACGUUCUUCAAUGGCAAGUGGCCCUAGCAGUGGUUCUGGCGACGCAGAGCAUCAUCUUGAGAAUCCCAUUCUCGAGGAGGUGGGGCUUCUCCGACCGUUUCUGUUGUAUGUCGAGGAAGAUCUGCCCGUUGGCUCGACUGAAAAUUAUUUAAGUCCUGAAGUUUCGUAUGGUCCCUUAAAUGCUGCGCCGGAUGCGGACUGGCUCAAAGCAGCUCGUCAACAUGAUUAUCCUGGUGUUGGAAGGGAGCUUUAUGCUUUUCCCUGUGGAUAUGAGCUGGUUGUCCCCGCAGAUGAUGCUCGUAUUACUGCUCCUCCCCCAGGUCAUAUUGGGUUAUAUUCAUACCAUCUGGACUUUGGGCUGCGCUUUCCCUUGGAUCCAAUCUUAGCCAAAUUUCUGAAGGCUUUUAAUGUCUGCCUGGCGCAGCUUCAUCCGUUUGCUAUACGGACUCUGGUCUGCUACUUGUGGGUGGUGCGUUUCAAAGGCUUCCCUGAGACUCUCUCCUUAUGCAAACGACUACACUGUAUUAGAAGCAGUGAUAACAAGGAAGGGAACAUUGGUUGGUUCACCACCUACACUGCUCGAGGCAAGAUGACUUGUCUGGGUAAUCCUACCGGGUAGAGGGAUUGGAAGGGUCGAUUCUUCUGGCUCCGAGUUCCCGCCGACUUUCCGCUGCCCCGCACUUUUGUCCCUCCUAAUGGCAGAAUGGAAGGUGUAGAGGUCCUUGCUGGUCAUAAUUUGGAGGAUGCUGCCUACGAGUGGUUUGACUCCGUGGUCAAACGUGACGCCAAUGGGAAGGACAUUGGCCGUGCACCCAGAAAUUGGCUACCCUAGUCAAUGUAUAUUCUGCGGAAUGAUGUUCUUUCCGCUAUGCACUUGUGCAAUACCCAUCCCCACGGUAUACUUUUCUUUCCUUUUGACUUUUUCUGUCUUGUACUUAGUUUUUUUUUUUUUUUAUACUAUCAUGACAUUUUCCUGUUGCCGUGCUAGGUCGCCAACAUCUUGAUUUGAGUUCCUUGGGCUUGGCUGCUGAUGGGACCCCACAGACCAACGAACCGGCAGAGGAUCCUGCCAAUGCCUAUCGUACCAUAGCUGACGUUGUUGGUGGUCGCAGGGCGAGUUCUCGGCGGACUGCCCGAGGAGGGAGUCUUGCUGCUAAUCGUACUGCCAGGGGUGGGGGCUUUGUGGUUAGCCGUACUGGCAGAGGCGGAGGCUCUGCGGGAGUAGUUAUCGGGGCAGGCACCUCGGCACCGCGCUCUACCCCUACCUCUCGAGCUACCUCUUCUACUCCUUCCUCUGCGCGGCGUGGUCAUACCACUCGCGGAGGAGGUAGUGUGGCGGGUCAACGCCGGCCUCGCUCUGAGAUGGAGAGUGUUUCUGCUGACACGACUAGAACAGCUGCAGACCAAUUGCGGUCUGCUCAACCAGAUCAGGUCGUGAAUUCUUCUAUCUCUGAGCAGGUGGAAAUUGUGACUGCGGAGCGGGAUGUUCCUUUUGUGCAACGCCCAGGUAAACGCGUUUGCACUGGGGAGAGCUCUCGUUCACAGGAGCAGGCUCAAGCUUCUGCUCCUGCUAAUUAGAGCACUGCUUCUCUCCCUACCUCGUCUGCUGCUCUUGCUGCUUAUUUGGAGGAGCAGUUGAAGUUGCCCGAAUCCUCCAUCCCUUCUUAUGUAAACAUCAGAAACCACGAGUUUUUGGAGAAGGAGAUCAUUGAUGUUCGCCCUGAGGUGAACCCAGAGCUAGCUGCCCUCUUUCCUCCUGCAUCGAUUAGCGGCGACAUUUUUGUUCCUAACUGGGAUGUCAAAGCUAAUGAAUCCUUGUAUGCUAGCUUCCCAGAGAAGGGUGGGACGUUGGCAUAUCGGAUGUUGAAGGGAAUGACGUUGCCAGCUGACCGUCCUCUGGAGCGUGUUUAUACUCCUGGGGCUAACGCCUGCCAGAAGGUGUUAGAGGUAUGAAGUUUGUACAUCCUUAUUGUUUUGUACUUAGUCGUUUUUUGCAUGUUUUUACUUUAUCACUUCUUGUGCUUUUCGUUUUUUUUUUUUUUAGGCUGGAGGUGCAGUGAAGGAGCUCUGCGACUUCUUUUUCUAUUAUCAGAGGAAGCAUGACGAGCAUCUUGCUCUCCUUGAAGAACGAGACAGGCAGAUUCGGGAUCUGACCUUAGAAAAUGAGAGAGCGUCUUCUUCCCUUACCAUUGCUAAUGCCAACGUUCAGGCCAUAUCCGUGGAGAGGGAUAAUUUGGCUAGUGAGGUCGUUGCUCUGCGUCCAGCUGGGGAGAGCUUGGCCAAGGCUCAGGCGGAGAUAGAGGCUGAGAGGAAACGCACUGAAGAUUUGGCGGAGCAGCUAAGCCUUGUUGAGCAGAGGCAUGCUGAUGAGCUGGCAGGCCUUCGCCGUUCUAUGCAGAAGGAGGUGGCUGCUGCUGUGCGGGAAUUUUGUCGAUCUGACGCUCAGUAUGCUCUUCUGACGCAGAGGUAUGACGGUGGGUGGAAGACAGCCUCUCUUAUAAUCAAGCACAAGUAUCCGCAGUUUGACUGGAGCUUAAUCGAGGAGGAUUAGCUCGCUGGCCUGCACCUUACUAUCCUUAGGGAACUGCGAGAGGCUGAAACUGCUGAGGGGCAUGCCGCAGAACCUAGUGAUGUGCCUGACUUCUGCGUUGAGAACAUUCACCCAGGAGACUUGCCCUUCUCUGAUGAGGAUGAUGCUGCGGGCAACAACGAAUAAUGGGUUUGGCGGCUAUCCCCCUGUUCCUCUUGUGUUACUGGGCCUGUUAUGUAAUAGUUUGGUUUUGAACAAUAUUAUUUUGCGUUUACCCUAUUGGGUGGUGGCGUUUGUGUUACUUCGUUUUUGGAACAAUUUGUAGUUAGUUUAUUGCUGCCUUUCUUUUGAAAUAUUUUCGAGUUGGGCUGGUAUUUUUACUGCCCAGAGCCAUUUUGUAGGGCUGUACUUUAUCUAUUUUCAUUGGUUUUUAAUGAAGGUAUAGCCGCCGGCAUUUGAUAUGCAUAUUUUGCUAAGUACUUAGCCAAUUUUUGAUAUCUUGUUUGCCUUUGAAAAGUUCUAGUUACGAUCAGAGUCAAACUUUAUAGCAUGUCUUAUGACUACCUCCCCUUUUGGACUGUCUUGGCUUUUGCCAAGGCAAACUUAGGGACUGCUCUGUGACAUUUCAGUUGACCUUUUGGAUUGCUUCUAAGUUUGAAUUGUCGUGGCUUUGGUCGAGGCGAAACUUAGAAAUCGUUCUGCGGUAUUCUGGCUAGCCUUUUGAGCUGCCUUCAACCUUGAAUUGCCUUGGCUUUGGCCAAUGCAAAACUCGGAAAUUGCUUUGCGAUAUUCUAACUAGCCUUUUGGGCUGCUUCCAAUUUUGAAUUGCCCUGGCUUUGGCCAAGGCAAAACUCGGAAAUUGCUCUGCGAUAUUCUAGCUAGCCUUUUGGGCUGCUUCCAAUUUUGAAUUUCCUUGGCUUUGGCCAAGGCAAAACUCGGAAAUUGCUCUGCGAUAUUCUAGCUUAGAAAUUCAUCAUGACACUGUUCUUCAGCUAACUUGAGUGAUCAAGUCAAGUUAUCUGUUGAAUGUGUGUAUCAUGGUGUAUUUCUAAGUUACAUUGUACUUUGCUUAUCACCAUAUCUUUUCUUGGAACCGCCAACCUCAUUUCAUUAUAUGUAUUCUGUAAAAAGGAGUACAAAAAGGGAUAAUUUUGGCUUAUCUUGCCUUAUCAUUGUAUAGAUCAUUUAUACUAAACAUAGCAUUUUUUGAGCAUGUUGGCGUUCCAACUGUUCUUUAGCUCUUUUCCAUCCAUUGUCAUGAGAUGAUAUGAGCCAGGGGCUAUCUCCCUUGUGAUCUGGUAUGGUCCUUCCCAAUUUGCAGUGAAUUUCCCUUCUGCCUUGCCCUUUCCUGUGGCUGCUAUUCGUCUGAGCACCAGGUCUCCCACAUGCAUAGGUCUGUGUUUGACUCUUUUGUUGUAAUCUCUGCUCAUUCUC